GACCACACUUGCAGUUUGUAACUGAUUGUUAUACAGAUUGGUGAUAUUUAACUAUAGAAAGUAAACACAAAGUUUUGUUAAAUACGGAAGAAUUGUUAAAUUUCUGAAGAUUUUAACGAUGAGAUCGGCUUGUGUUUGUGUUUCGCUGCUGGUGAUGAUGAUGACAGACUCUCUGGCCUCGCCAGGCGAUACUGACAUCGACAGUGCAGAGCCAGUUCCCCUGACCCCCGGCGCUGCCUACACGCACUACCCGUCAGUGCGGCGCCAGUACCGUCUGGAGUACCGGGCCGCCGACUGGCACACCGCGCGCCGCCGCUGCCGCCGCCAGGGCGCGCAGCUCGCCGUGCCGGAGACACAGGUAGACUGGAGAUAG